AUGUCAACAAAGGAGGCAGAAGCUCAUAAAUCAGGGGUAGCAGAUUUAGAUCUGGAGUACACACCACCAGAGAAAUUAUCGCUGGGAAAAAAGAUUUUGUACCACCUUUGGGAUGCCGACCAACACUUGAAGAGCCCGCAGGAACGGGCGCUCGUCAGGAAGCUUGAUUUUGGCAUUCUCAUAUGCGCGACCUUGGGAUGGUGGAUGAAAUACAUUGAUCAGUCGAACAUUGCCAACGCAUACGUGUCGGGCAUGAAAGAGGACUUGAAUAUCGAGGCAAAUGAGUACACAUACAUGCUGAUGUGCUACACCAUUAGCUUUGCUAUAGUCCAAGUACCAGCCAAUGCGAUUGCACUCAAAAUCCGACCACGCAUCUGCUUGGUAGUGUGCGAGAUUGGAUGGACCAUCUUCACAUUUGCUCAGGCCGCUGCUAGAAAUAGCAAUGAUAUGUACGCAUUUCGCUUCAUGGUCGGCCUAUUCGAGUCAGCCUUCAGUCCCAUCAUCAUCUUCCUGCUUGGUUCAUGGUACAACAAGUCAGAAUUGGCGAAAAGAGUAGCAAUCUGGCACAUCACUGGUUUCUUCGGUUCCGCGACUUCCGGGUUCCUCGCAGCAGGUAUUCAUGCAUCCCUCGACGGCCAUUUGGGACUAGCUGGCUGGAGAUGGCUCUACAUCAUCUGUGGUUGCAUGUCACUGCCAGUAGCUGUCUCGGUCUGGUUCCUGCUCCCAGACUACCCACACAAUACAACGGCGUGGUAUAUCACGGAGGAAGACAGGGAGAUUGCCAUGCGUCGAUCUGCCUAUGCUGGCAAAACAGACGUCACCGGCAAGAUGGACCUGGCGCUCGUCAAGCGCAUGUUUGGCAACUGGCGUUGGUGGACCUUGUGCUUGAUGUACAUCUUCUACGGCAACAGCUGUCAGGCCAACCAAUACUUCUCCGUGUACCUCAAGUCGGCCGGAUAUUCCGUCGCACUUCGCAAUGUCAUUCCUGCCUGCGCGAACUUGGUCUCCAUGGUUACGGAUUUCUUUUAUGGCAUGAUGUCUGAUAUGUUUGCGAAUCGUGCCUAUUGGAUGAUGGGUCCGCUGCUGUGUACAACCGCUAUUGGAUCCGCCAUCUUGACGGCUUGGCCAGAGUCUGAUGCACCCAAAAUCGCUGCUUUCUUCCUGUGCGCAGGAGGUUAUGUUACAGCUGUCGCAUGGACUUGGGCUAAUGAGAUUAACAAUGGAAAUGCGGAAGAGCGAGCAUUGACUAUUUCAAGCAUGAACGGCUUGUUUUAUGCUACAAACUCGUUUCUUCCUAUUCUCAUCUUCCCGCAAACAACUGCGCCGCGUUACGAGAAGGGAUUCCCGUCAAUCCUGGCAUUUGCUUUGAUUGCUGUCGUCCUGAUCUAUUUGACCGACUUCCUCCACAAGCGUCAGUUGAAGCAAGAGCAAGUGUUGCAAGCUGACGUGCCUCGAUCUGAAGUCUCUAAAAUAGGCGAGUGUGAUAAUAAGGAAAAAGCCGAAAAGCAGCUGGUGUUGAACAGUCAGGUAGCUGCAGAGUAA